AUGAAAUUAUCUAUAGUGUACUAUUUUAUUAGUACGGUGUUAUUAUUAAUUAUUAGUCCCCAAACAGUGGAUGCUCAUUUUUUCAAUUGGUUAUGGCACAAAGUAGAAAAACUGUUUAAUAUUGACACUCGUAGAACGUUCGAUUGUGGUUUAUCUGAUUUUCCACAACGUAUUCCUUCAGCUAUUGAUCAACCACGAAUAACAGGUGGAAUAUCAGCUGCCGAACACAGUUGGCCAUGGGUGGUCAAUAUUAUGAAUUUAGGAUCAUUAAAAACUUGUGGUGGAACGAUUGUGAGUCAUGACACAGUGAUAACAGCUGCUCAUUGUAUUGUUGAUGAUACUGAUAUGAUCAAAGUGAUAGCUGGUGCUCAUAAUUUAUUUGGACGUUUAAAUUUAUUCAAUUAUUAUUCCAUUGAAUCUUACAUUAUUCAUCCUGGUUAUGUUAAUUGUUGUGAUUAUGAUUUAGCGGUAAUUAAAAUGGCAAAAUCAUUUGAACGAAGUGAAACAAUCAAUACAAUAUGUUUACCAACAGAUAAAAAUGAACGAUUAAAAAUUGAUACACCCGCGAUCACAGUUGGAUGGGGCGGAAAAUUUCAUAGUGGUAGUUUAAAUGCUUUUGGUUCAUUUUCAUUAAAACAAGGUCUUGUUUAUAUUAAAUCUAUUGACUAUUGUAAGCAAACAUAUCAAACAUUUGAUCCUACGGAUGAACUAUGUGCAACGAACUUAGCAGAUAGUGUCGAUGCUAGAGAAGGAGAUUCAGGUGGUGCAUUAAUGGUCAAAAAUCAAACAGAUAAUCGUUGGUAUCUAUACGGUGUAACAUCACAUGGAUCUAACACCGAAAUAAUUAAACCAGGUGUUUAUUCAUCAAUUAUUAAUAAAUUAGAUUUUAUUAAAAAAUAUUUAUAA